AACCUUCAGCAUCAUGAAUGCACUGGAAGAUGACAGACAGACCAAAAUGGUGGAAGGCCUUCCUGCCCAAGAAGAAGCCAGGGGCCACCAAAGACUUGUCCGAUUUUGACCCCUUUGCACAGAACGAUAAGAGCAAAGAGUCGAAGAGCGCCAGCGAUCCGGCCCCGCCCCAGACCCAGCAGCAUGCUUCCGACAACAACUCCUGCCUGUUAAGCGACGAGACCUACGACGACUCCAUCAUCCCCACCUACUUCGACGAGCAGACGUGCCGUAGGAACUUUUUCGUGUCUCGCUCGGGCCGCUUCAGGCAGAGGAAGAAGGUGCGCUCCACCCUGCCCGUGGAGGACCCGGAGAAGGUGGCGCCGGCCAAAGAAGAAUGGAGGUGAUGGAAGGCUGACAAAAUGACUGCACAGAGGAGGGAAGACAAGACGACGCCAUCUCCUUGAAGAUGAAGGACGAGCGCGGAGGCGACACGUUCACAGGAUGAGGGAAUGUGGGAUUUUUUUCAGUUUGAGCCCCUACGUUAUGUAAAAUACUGAUAUUUGUUUCAUGAAGGACACGCCUUCUGCGGCCUUCAGGGAUUUCUCUUGUCGACUUAGGAAACGGAUCUAAAAAGACUUGACAAGGACAGUGGGAAGUCGGAUUCAUAUGGCCUCAUUCGUCACAGUUUACCGGACACAUGAAGCGUGGCACUAUCCACUUUAGCCGCCAGAUGGCAGUACAGUUUUGCAUAUAUCUUUGACCACAGCGUCAGUUGCUAUGAGGAGUGGCGCUUUCCAUCAUUUUCAGCAGACUGCAAUGCAAAAUGGUUAACCAGCCCCCUUUUUCCUCUUACGCAAGAUCCACCCAGGAAUUGGGCCAUAUGAAACCCUUCCCUACUGAAAAUGUUUUUUUUUUGAUGAAGGAUGAUGAAGGAUUCAGCAUGUUUUUUACGGAGCUAAGAAGAUUGCGGACAAUGAAGUUAACCACUGAUGUUGAGUCAAAGUGAAAAAGGGACAUUUUACAGGUAAAAAUGAAAAAUUAGUCGCCAGAGUUUUAUCCUAACUUAACACUGCAUUACUGUAAAUACAAUAACGGCAAAAUUAUUAAUUUUACGGUAAAAUUAUCCUUUUCUUUUUAACCAUAAAAUCUCUGGUCGAUGAUUUUAUAGUGCAUUACAGUAAAUGAUAAAACAGUACCAUGUUUACUUUUACGGUUCUGUACAAUUUUUGUUUUUACAUAAAAUUCAUAGCUUUUUUUGCAGUGCUUUGCUGUUUUCUGAUGGCAAAAUUCGGCUUUUCACUAUGAUUGUUUUUACAGAGCUUUACUGCAAAUGGAAAACCGCUACCAUUGUUAUUUUCUGGCGACUAAGGGGCCUGGGUUUUGACUGUAAAACCUGACUUUUUAACAUGUUUUACACCGUAUGACCCCCGCCACUGACGUGUGUUUUUACUCUAUGCUGUGUUUACGAUCACCUGUGAAUAAUGAAAUGAAGGUAUAACAUAUGAGCAAUAAAUGUCAUAUUUCUUACA